AUGCUGGGUUUAAACAAGGUUCAGAGCUUACGGGCAGCCCGGAUGGAAGGCUUUGGUUCACCGGGAGGGAGACACUCAUCGCGGGCAUCGUCAUGCCAAAGCCCCGGUGCCAGUUCGCGGAUAUACUGUGCGUGUCUCCUGCUGCUGCUGCUGGUGACCCCCCGGGUGGACUCGUCAUGGUGGUACAUCGGUGCACUGGGUGCCCGUGUGAUCUGCGACAACAUCCCAGGGCUGGUGAACAAGCAGCGGCAGCUCUGCCAGCGCUACCCAGACAUUAUGCAGUCCAUCGGCGAGGGCGCCAAGGAAUGGAUCAGAGAGUGCCAGCACCAGUUCAGACACCAUCGCUGGAACUGCAGCACACUGGACCGCGACCACACCGUGUUUGGACGAGUCAUGCAGCGGAGCAGCCGUGAAGCAGCGUUUGUCUACGCCAUCUCCUCGGCGGGCGUGGUGUAUGCUCUUACCCGCGCCUGCAGCCAGGGGGAGCUCAAGACGUGUAACUGCGACCCUCACAAGCGCGGGAGAGCUAGUGACGACCGAGGAGAGUUUGACUGGGGUGGCUGCAGCGAUAAUAUUAAUUAUGGGAUAAAGUUUGCCAAAGCCUUCAUCGACGCUAAGGAGAAGACUGUUCGAGAUGCACGGGCGCUCAUGAACCUACACAACAACCGCUGUGGCAGAACUGCAGUGAAACGUUUUAUGAAGCUGGAGUGUAAGUGUCACGGCGUGAGCGGCUCGUGCACGCUGCGGACGUGUUGGAUGGCCAUGUCAGAUUUCAGGAAGACAGGCGACUACCUGAGGCGGAAAUAUAAUGGGGCCAUCGAGGUGACCAUGAAUCAGGACGGGACAGGAUUCGCUGUGGCCAACAAAGCCUUCAGGAAGGCCACCAAGAACGACCUGGUCUACUUUGAGAACUCUCCAGACUACUGCCUGCAGGACAAAGCAGCAGGUUCCCUUGGCACGGCCGGGCGGGUCUGCAACAAGACGUCACGCGGCACCGACGGCUGUGAGGUCAUGUGCUGUGGGCGGGGAUACGACACCACGCGGGUCAAGCGAAUCACCAAGUGUGAGUGCAAGUUCAAAUGGUGCUGUGCUGUGGAAUGUAAGGACUGUGAGGAAGCUGUGGACAUACACACAUGCAAGGCGCCCAAACGAGCCGAUUGGUUGGACCAGACCUGA